GAAAAAUAGCUGCUUGUAGAUUGCAUCACCGUUAUAAUAAGUUCGGGAAUGGCUGAUCGGUAAGACAGCUGUGUCUACUGACCAUCAUCCCUCGCAUUGUUUUUUUUUUGUUGUGAGUCACAAUGUUAGGGCAACAGAACUUGAAGCUAAAGCCCCUUGAAGCCAGCCCACUGUACCAGAGAAGAAAACUCAGUGCUGCUGCCGAAAAAGAACCAGAAAGCUCAGAUGUUGACCCGGAUUAUUCGGAGCUGGGAGCUCCCAGCGAUCCAACAGGAAUUAUUAUGUCGUUGGGUGCAAUGUUCUGUUCUAAGUGUGGGGAAGGUUUCGAACCCCAUGAAAAGAUAGUGAAUUCUCAUGGAGAAGUCUGGCACCAACAGUGUUUUGUGUGCUGUCAAUGUUUCAGGCCUUUUCCAGAUGGAACUUUUUAUGAAUUUGAAGGUCGGAAAUAUUGUAAACAUGACUUCCAUGUACUUUUCGCUCCAUGUUGUGGAAAAUGCAAGAACUUUGUUUUUGGAAGAGUCAUCAAAGCCAUGAAUAAUAACUGGCAUCCUGAAUGUUUUACUUGUGAAUUAUGCAACACAAUGCUUGCAGAUGAAGGUUUCAUCAAAAAUGCUGGAAGGGCACUCUGUCAUGAAUGUAAUGCACGAGAAAAGGCAGCUCAAAGUGGAAAGUAUAUAUGCUACAAGUGUCAUGCUGUCAUUGAUGAAGGAGUUCUGAAAUUUCGAGGAGAACCGUACCAUCCAUAUCACUUUAAUUGCACAGCUUGUGGUAUUGAGCUAAAUGCUGAUGCAAGAGAAGUUAAAGGCGAAUUGUACUGUCUUCGUUGUCAUGACAAAAUGGGUAUUCCUAUUUGUGGAGCUUGUCGACGUCCAAUUGAAGAACGAGUAGUAACCGCUCUGGGAAAGAAUUGGCAUGUUGAGCAUUUUGUGUGUGCCAAAUGUGAAAAACCUUUUCUUGGACAUAGACAUUAUGAGAAGAAAGGGUUGGCUUAUUGUGAAAUACAUUACCAUCAAUUAUUUGGAAAUCUCUGUUUUGUUUGCAACAAUGUAAUAGGAGGAGAUGUCUUUAGUGCUCUCAAUAAAGCUUGGUGUGUUCAUCAUUUUGCAUGCUAUGUAUGCGAUCAGAAAAUGAAUCAGAAGACUAAGUUCUUUGAAGUGGAUUUAAAACCAGUGUGCAAAAAAUGCUAUGACAAAUUCCCAGCAGAAUUUCGAAAAAGACUUAAAAAAGCUUAUGAAUCAUCACCUAAGAAAAUUAUGACAUAAUUUUACCUUUGUAAUAGUAGGAGUCUUUGAAGCUGUCUUUGAACUGCCAAAAUUUUUAAUGCUUAUUAAUUUGUCCUACAGUGCUUUAUUUAUUAAUGUUUUUAGUGUUUAAUAUGUUUUGCUUGCAAGACUUAUAGAGGAGAUCUUUACCUCAAAUGUAAUAUAGAUUUUUAUCUGGAAUCAAAAUGGUUGUACUUGUUUUCCUAUAAAAGGUUGAUGUGUUUCAAAGUCAGAGCAGUGAUAUUUUUAUCAAAAGAGCAUUAACUCAUAGAGUUUUGAUUAAUGUACUGAUAUUGUGGUUACUAAUUAAGAUAUCAAGAUUAUCUAAAUUAAAAAAUGAAAUUUGAAAAAAAAUUUAGCAAAAUUAUACUAGUAU